UUCAACGGCCUGAAUAUUUCGAUUAAUAUAACUGAUAUCAAAUCAAACGACUAUCAUCAAUUUAACGUAUGCGUAUUAAUUUAAUUCGCUAGUGAUAGCCGUCGCUACUAUGCUCCUAUUUAGCCGUAAUCAUCACAUUUCUGACCACCUUUUACUUGGCGAUACUCCUCAUUCUUGAUUAGGAAUGCACGGGUGUCUUAUAAACGUCUGUGGCCAGUUGCAAUUGGUACUCCAAAAAACGGAAUAUUCUGAAAAAAAUGUAAUCCACUUUUUGCACCACAGGAGGAGUUUCCUCGCCACUUUAGCUGCUGGAGAUCUGGCAUUUGGCAUCUUUGCAGGAACUAGUCAUUUGUAACACCUCGAUCACACCGACAGUGUUUUUGCGCAAAAUGGUAGAGCCUCAUCGGGAUAUGUAUGCAACAUAAGUUCAACAUUCACCUUCUGCUACCAUUUCUGUCAAGCCGUCAACGCAUACGUUCAAUUUAUUCAACGUAUGCACCACACAGAACGUGGUUUCAUAUCUUUCUGAAUAUUUCCUCUUUAUUGGAGUUCCACCUGCAACUGGACACAGAGGUUUAUAAGACACCGGCCCCUUCCGAAUCGAGAACAAAGAAAGUAUCGCCAAGUAAAGCCAACAGAGAACCAGAGAAAGGUCGCACCAGAGAAAGUAAGACAAGGGGAGAACCGUGGCUGUUGUGACAUGGCCUGCAGAAAUCCAGAGCUGGUGCCGUAUACUGUAAGAGCAACACCUUCUCCUGUGUUAUGCCCCGAUAACGACAGUUCCAACGAGGAGGCUGAGAUAAAUGUGAUGAUACCUGACACAAUUCUUCACAUAGAGACAGAAUCCUUCUUUGUGAACCGUCAACAGCUGGCUCUUCAGAGCCCCUAUUUCCGUGCACUUUUCUAUGGCGGCGGCAGAGAGAGUGGCAAGCGCCACGUUGAGAUCAAAGGUGUGGGUGUGGACCAGUUUCGUGUCCUGAUGGAAUACACCCAGACAUCCAAGCUAUCUCUCAGCAGAGAGAAUGUCCUGAGGAUCCUAGAGACAGCAGACUUCCUCCAGCUGGAGAGACCCAGGCUCCUAUGUUGCAAGUUCCUGGAGAGAGAGCUGCAUCUGAGCAACUGCUUGGGCAUGAUGUCCUACGCUUGGCAGCUGGGAUGCCGGGAGCUCUAUACAGCAGCACGUGAGGUGGCUCUAACCCACCUACCUGCUAUCGCCACAGAGGAGGACUUCAUGUAUCUGUCCAAGGAGAGUGUGGCGGACCUCCUUGCCAGUGAUAAACUAUUUGUACCCAGGGAGGAUCAAGCCUUGGAGAUGACCUUACGCUGGGCAACCUUUGACCCCAGUCGGGAGGAGGACUUCAUGGAGUUGGUGGAGCUGGUGCGACUAGAGAGCCUGUCUCUGCCCUACAUCACUGAUCUGCUCACCAGGCUCAAAGGGUCUGACCCACAAGCCAAACUCAUCUGUAAACUGAAUGACAAUUUUCCUACUAGCUGGUCUAUGUGCAGAUCCAUACCUCGGGCCAGAGAAACACUGUACAUACUCGGAGGGCCCCAUGACCAGGACAAACAGUCUCUCUACCAGUUUUACCCCCACAGUGGGAGAUGGCAGUCUCAUGCACCACUUCAGAGGAAGAAUCUCACACAGUACUCUGUGGCAGCAGUAGGAGAAAACAUUGUAGUCACCGGAGGCAACUUCCGUGAUGAGAUCUUUUGGUACAGCGUGGACUGGGUGCGGAUAUUCCAGUGUGGGAACGAGCGCUGGGUGGAUGGCCCUCCGCUGCAGAAGUCCAGGCACAGCCACUGCUCUGUGGGCCUGGGGCAGGAGCUGUACGUCCUGGGGGGCACCAUAGACGAGGGGCCUGUGGCCCACGUGGAGAAGCUGCCGCUGGGGGCACAGGGCUGGGAGGAUGUCAGCCCCAUGGUGCGGGCUGUGGAUAGGGCUGCCACCGUUGCUCUGGAUUUGUGUAUCUAUGUCGCCUGUGGACUGGAUGAGAAUGGGGAGGUGUACAGCGGCAUUCAGAGAUACCUGGUGAAGGAGGACCAAUGGGACGUUGUCACCUACUCCCCUCUGCCCAGGUAUGACCUUCUUGCAACAGUGCUCAACGGGGCCCUCUAUCUCCUGGGAGGUCAGGCAUUGCGGCUAGAUGUGGAGACAGACGAAUGGACAGUUCUAGAAGAAGAAUGUCUGGACAGAAAGUUCUUUGGUGGCUGCACCACAGUCAAUGGGCAGAUCUACCUGCUGAGUGAGCGAAAGAUGAACAAAGCAUUCCCCAACAUGGUACUGAUGGAUCCUUACAUCGACACCUGCAUGGAAAUAGACAAUGCCAUACCCUGUCCUGUGCCUCUCCGUGGCUGUGUUACCAUGCGCUUGGUCACAUGACACUGGUGAGUUGCCAGUAAGCAUUUAGCAGUUCACAUCCUUCUCACCAACUCCCUCUCCCCAAUAUAAGAGAUAUUCUAUUGAAAUGGUCAGAUACUUAUCAGCUAUUGAUUUUGCUUUUGAAUGAAAAGGUACAAACACAUUUAUCAAUAGUUUGAUAAAAGUUAUUUAUUGAUUUUGUUGAACUGGCCAGAGUGAACAAACUUAUGAGGUGUGUGCAUUCAGAACAAGACUAGUCAUGUGUUCUUGCCAUUUGUAUCGUUGCACUAGUAGAACUUUUAAUAAAAUAAACAUCCAAUAAUCAUGA